CCUGGGGCUGCGAUGACUUCUGCACUGACCCAGGGGCUGGAGCGAAUCCCAGACCAGGUCGGCUAUCUGGUGCUGAGUGAAGGCGCAGUGCUGGCGUCAUCUGGGGAUCUAGAGAAUGACGAGCAGGCAGCCAGUGCCAUCUCUGAGCUGGUCAGCACGGCCUGCGGUUUCCGGCUGCACCACGGCAUGAAUGUACCCUUCAAGCGCCUGUCUGUGGUCUUUGGAGAACACACGCUGCUGGUGACCAUAUCAGGACAGAGGGUGUUUGUGGUGAAGAGGCAGAACCGAGGCCGGGAGCCCAUUGACGUCUGAGCCUGCCAGAGGGUGAGGGGCAGAGGUGGACUGGGUCCCUGAGCCUCUGUGAUGAGGAAGACGCAGACCUCCUCCACCUCUUUCUUGGCUGCCUGCUAGAACUAAGGCUUUCUGUCACCCACUUCCUCAGCCCUACCUGGAAGGGCAGAGGCUUGGGACUCUAUGUUGCACUAUGUUAAAAAGAAUGAGGGCAAGGGGACCUUCCUCUUCCCUCCCUUCCUCCUAAUAAACGUGAGUCUGAUGUUCCUGGGCCCAGGGAUAUGUGUAUGGGGGGUGGGUGUUACGCCCCAAGUCUGUCUGCCACCUAGAGAGACAGUUGUGUACCUCAGCCCAGAGGGGUAGGGCAAGGCCACCUCUGGGCAUAUAAAACUAGGAACCAAAAAGAAAAGGGUGGGAAGGAGCUGAGGGGAGUUAUGUGGUGUGCAUGCUGAAGGGAUCAUUCUGAGCCCCUGGGUCUCUGCUGCCACCAACACACAAACAACAGUCCUUCUCCCUCCUGAACAGGCGUUUAAUAGUCUUAUUUCAGUUGGAAGCAGUCAUUGAAGAAUAACUUACAGGAAUAGACAGACAAAAAA